GCGAACCCAGUCACAACGUGAAUGAAUUGACACCUCAAAGAAUUGAACUUGAUAAUUCCAUUGCUCAUAGUAAUUCAAAAGCUUGACCGACCCUCCACAGACACUGAAACGAGCAAGAAUGAGACUUUAAGAAACCUGAGAGACAUGAGCUCGCACCUAUUGCCCUUCACUGCAACCCCGCCGCCGCAAAUUCCCUCCAAAGCAAGCCCACUUGCUCAACACACCCUCUCUCAACGAACCCAUAUCCCAUCUCACAUAUACAAGCACCCGGCCGCUAUCCUCUUAGAACUCUGCACUUCCUCUAAAGAACUUCACCAAAUCCUCCCUCAAAUCAUUAAAAACGGCCUCUACAAUGAAACCCUUUUUCAGACCAAGCUCAUUAGUCUUUUUUGUAAGUAUGGUAAUUUAACUGAAGCUUCGCGUGUUUUUGAACCUAUUGAGGAUAAGUUUGAUGCUCUUUAUCAUACUAUGCUUAAAGGGUAUGCAAAGAGUUCUUCUUUAGAUAGUGCUUUAUCGUUUUUUUCUCGAAUGAAGCAUGAUAGUGUUAGGCCUGUUGUGUAUAAUUUUACUUAUUUGUUGAAACUUUGUGGAGAUAAUUCUGAUCUUAAGAGGGGUAAGGAGCUUCAUGGGAGUGUAAUAACAAGUGGGUUUUCGUGGAAUUUGUUUGCUAUGACUGGGGUGGUAAACAUGUAUGCGAAAUGUAGACAAAUUAAUGACGCGUAUAACAUGUUCGAUAGAAUGCCUGAGAGGGAUUUGGUUUGUUGGAAUACCAUGAUUUCUGGGUAUGCGCAAAAUGGGUUUGCUAAGGUUGCUUUGAUGUUGGUUUUGAGGAUGUCUGAAGAAGGGCAUAGGCCGGACUCGAUUACCAUUGUUUCUAUUUUGCCUGCAGUUGCGGAUACAAGGUUGUUGAGAAUUGGCAUGGCAGUUCAUGGAUAUGUUUUGAGAGCUGGGUUUGAGUCACUUGUGAAUGUUUCAACUGCUCUUGUGGAUAUGUAUUCAAAAUGUGGGUCAGUGAGUAUUGCCAGAGUAAUCUUUGAUGGGAUGGAUCAUAGAACUGUUGUUUCGUGGAAUUCCAUGAUUGAUGGGUAUGUGCAAAGUGGAGAUGCUGAGGGAGCAACGUUGAUAUUUCAGAAGAUGUUGGAUGAAGGGGUUCAACCAACUAAUGUUACUGUUAUGGGAGCUUUGCAUGCUUGUGCUGAUCUAGGUGAUCUCGAGAGAGGAAAGUUUGUUCAUAAAUUAGUGGACCAAUUGAAACUUGAUUCUGAUGUUUCAGUGAUGAAUUCUUUGAUUUCCAUGUAUUCCAAGUGCAAGAGGGUUGAUAUUGCUGCUGAUAUAUUUAAAAAUUUGCGAAAUAAAACACUUGUAUCCUGGAAUGCCAUGAUAUUAGGCUAUGCCCAGAAUGGGUGUGUGAAUGAGGCUUUAAAUGCGUUCUGUGAGAUGCAAUCUCGAAACAUAAAGCCAGACUCUUUCACAAUGGUGAGUGUGAUUCCUGCUCUUGCAGAGUUAUCGAUUCCACGUCAGGCAAAGUGGAUCCAUGGACUUGUUAUUCGAAGGUUUUUAGACAAGAAUGUUUUUGUGAUGACUGCUCUUGUCGACAUGUAUGCAAAGUGUGGAGCCAUUCACACAGCAAGAAAGCUCUUUGACAUGAUGAAUGAAAGGCAUGUGAUUACAUGGAAUGCUAUGAUAGAUGGAUAUGGAACUCAUGGACUUGGAAAAACUUCUGUAGAACUGUUCAAGGAAAUGAAGAAGGGGACCAUCAAGCCAAAUGAUAUUACAUUUCUCUGCGCCCUUUCUGCUUGUAGUCACUCAGGUUUGGUAGAAGAGGGGCUCUGUUUCUUUGAAAGCAUGAAGAAAGAUUAUGGCAUAGAGCCUACAAUGGAUCACUAUGGAGCGAUGGUUGACCUUCUUGGUCGAGCUGGUCGACUCAAACAGGCUUGGGAUUUCAUUCAAAAGAUGCCUAUUAAACCCGGAAUAACUGUUUAUGGCGCAAUGCUUGGUGCUUGCAAAAUUCAUAAGAAUGUUGACUUAGGGGAGAAGGCAGCAUUUGAAAUCUUCAAGUUAAACCCAGACGAUGGCGGAUACCACGUGUUGCUUGCCAACAUAUAUGCCACAGCUUCAAUGUGGGACAAAGUGGCUAAAGUGAGAACUAUAAUGGAGAAGUCAGGGCUUCAAAAAACUCCAGGCUGCAGUUUAGUGGAAAUAGGGAAUGAGGUUCACAGUUUCUAUUCUGGAACUACAAGCCAUCCCCAAUCCAAAAUGAUCUAUGCUUAUCUCGAGACACUUGUAGAUGAGAUCAGAGCUGCUGGUUAUGUUCCCGACACCAAUUCAAUCCAUGACGUGGAAGAUGAUGUUAAGGUGCAGUUGCUGAAUACUCAUAGUGAGAAGUUGGCAAUUGCCUUUGGGCUGCUAAAUACGAGCACAGGCACUCCCAUACACAUCAGGAAAAAUCUACGAGUCUGCGGCGAUUGUCAUAAUGCAACAAAAUACAUUUCACUUGUCACCGGGAGGGAAAUUAUAGUUCGUGAUAUGCAUAGAUUUCACCAUUUCAAGGAUGGAGUCUGUUCUUGUGGAGAUUAUUGGUAAAUUUGAGCUGUUGUAGAAGCAGUCUUUUGAGAUUAUAAUGGAUGGUUUCUUGCAGGAAUGGUCACAAAUUAGCCUCGUUCGCGGAGGCCCUUUUUUUCUUAAAAAACUGGGCCUCUCUUAGCCAGUUCAUGACCCUAGAAGUAAACCUACUUGAAUGAAGUUCAACGCAUUGGAUGUAGGGCUGGGUUUGAACCUACCUCUCUUUUGAUUAUUCUUUAGAAAUACUUGUUCUCAGCAUGAAAAUACAAUAACUCUGACAUUCAAUGAUAAAAAUAUUGAAUUAAUAUUUUGAUCAA